AUGGCCAACACGUUAUAUAACACCACCACGUCUGGAAUCUCUUUCCAUGACCAAUCUCGCCAUGUCUCCAGAUCCCUCUCUUUCUCCUCAAACCUCUCCACCUUUCCCCACAGAACAAUGGAUACGAACGCGGUAAAAUGCGUUGUUGGGGUGGAGCAGAAUAGAAGAGGGAGAUUGAUAGUCAAGUCAAAAACCGAUUUUGGUGAAUUGGGUGUUGAUAUUUCAUUGAGUCCACGUGUUAAUGCUGUGAAGCCUUCGAGAACUGUGGCUAUAACUGAUCAAGCUACUGCUCUCGUUCAAGCUGGUGUUCCUGUUAUUCGCUUGGCGGCUGGUGAGCCUGAUUUUGAUACACCUGCUGUCAUAGCUGAGGCUGGGAUUAAUGCAAUUCGUGAAGGACAAACAAGGUACACCCCUAAUGCUGGAACGUUAGAAUUGCGCCAAGCAAUUUGUCAUAAGCUUAAAGAGGAGAAUGGGCUUUCUUAUACUCCUGAUCAAGUUGUUAUUAGUAAUGGUGCUAAGCAGAGUAUUACUCAGGCCGUGCUUGCAGUUUGCUCACCAGGAGAUGAGGUUAUUAUUCCAGCUCCAUUUUGGGUUAGUUACCCAGAAAUGGCAAGAUUGGCUGAUGCAACACCCGUUAUUCUUCCAACGUCAAUAUCUGAUGAUUUCCUUUUAGAUCCCAAACUCCUUGAGUCCAGAGUUACUGAAAGGUCAAGACUGCUUAUUCUUUGUUCGCCAUCUAACCCGACAGGAUCUGUAUAUCCUAAGAAAUUACUUGAAGAGAUAGCUCAAAUUGUAGCAAAGCACCCUAGGCUUUUGGUUAUCUCUGAUGAAAUUUAUGAACACAUAAUUUAUGCCCCAGCAACACAUACAAGCUUUGCAUCUUUACCGGGAAUGUGGGACAGAACUCUAACUGUGAAUGGAUUUUCUAAGGCCUUUGCAAUGACUGGAUGGCGGCUUGGAUAUAUUGCUGGCCCAAAACAUUUUAUUUCAGCAUGCGGAAAGAUCCAAAGUCAGUUGACUUCAGGGGCCAGUAGUAUAUCUCAGAAAGCUGGAGUUGCUGCAUUAGGACUAGGCUAUGCUGGUGGAGAGGCUGUAUCUAUCAUGGUGAAAGCCUUUAGAGAACGAAGGGAUUACUUGGUUAAAAGUUUCAGAGAAAUUGACGGUGUUAAAAUAUCUGAACCACAGGGAGCAUUUUAUUUAUUCAUUGACUUCAGCAUCUAUUAUGGAAGAGAAGCAGAAGGAUUUGGUAAAAUUGAGGAUUCUGAGUCCCUUUGUCGAUAUCUAUUGGAAAAAGGCCAGGUAGCACUGGUGCCAGGGAGUGCAUUUGGAGACGAUACUUGCAUCCGUAUCUCUUAUGCAGCAUCCCUUCCAACACUACAGGCAGCUGUAGAGAGAAUUAAGAAAGCACUUAUCUCUCUUACUUCUGCUGCACUUGUUUAG